AUGGGCGUGGAGGGUGCACGUGGCGCGGGCACCACCAAGGUGCCCAGCCACACGGCGUACUUCGUCGCGAUGGGCGGCGUGCUGGCACUUCUCGUGCUGGUCUGCUGCUACUUUCUCUACUUCUGCCUGCGCAGAGUCAAAGAGCUUUCGCACCAAGAGUUCCAAGAGGUGCACUCCGUUCGUCCCCCGCCACCGCCAGUGUCCCCCGCUGCCUACCCUGUACAGCCAGGCGUUCGCGACAGUGCGACAGCGAUGGCCCUUCUUUGCCGCUCCGUGCCACAGGACACGGUGUUCCCCACCUCCCCUGCGUCCCCUGCUCGUGGGGUGCCCGCGUUCUCCCCUGCCUCCCCCGAACUGUUGCCAACAUCUCCAAGCAGACUGCCGAUGUCCCCCACAUCGCCGAGUCGCAGGACCUUCGCGUAUUACACCUCGCCGGGCCCAAGAUCCCCGCUGUCCCCUACCUCCCCUAAACGCCGGUCGGCAGGCUACGCCCCGGGCAGGCUGCCCCUGUCGCCCACGUCCCCCCGCAGAAGGGGGCCAAUGUCCCCUUCCCGGAAGGCCGCAACGGUCCCCGCGCGAAGGGUAAAGUCCCCCCACAAACCGCCAGCGAUCAUCUUAUCACCUGCAAGCCAAGCUUCCACCCCGUUACCGGCCCCCAAUAUUAUCCCCUUGCGA